CAAUGCCGGCUGGGCCCGGCUUCGAGAGGAGGCGCCGGAUGGGUUCGUUCAGGAGGCGGCCAGUGACGAGGUACUGCAAUGGCUGCAGGAGUCUUGUUGCAAAAUGAAUUACCUUAUUGUUCUCUGGUAACGAGCAGUGCAUAUCUUGCAACCAUGAGUUCAGGAAGAUCUCGGCGUCCAACUGCAAAAUAUACGAAAGUUGGAGAACGCCUUCGCCAUGUCAUUCCCGGUCAUAUGCAGUGUUCCAUGGCAUGUGGUGGCCGUGCUUGCAAGUAUGAAAAUCCAACUCGGUGGACUGACCAAGAACAGGCUGUUAAAGGGCUUUACUCUUCGUGGAUUACAGAUAACGUAUUAGCCAUGUCUCGACCCUCAACAGAACUUAUUGAAAAGUAUAAUAUUAUUGAGCAGUUCCAAAGAUGUGGCAUAAAAACAGUAAUUAACCUUCAGCGUCCUGGGGAACAUGCUAGCUGCGGGAAUCCACUGGAACAAGAGAGUGGUUUCACCUACCUUCCUGAAGCUUUCAUGGAGGCGGGAAUUUAUUUUUAUAACUUUGGAUGGAAGGAUUAUGGUGUGGCUUCUCUCACUACUAUCCUCGAUAUGGUAAAAGUGAUGACUUUUGCCUUACAGGAAGGGAGAGUAGCUAUUCAUUGUCAUGCAGGACUUGGCAGAACAGGUGUUUUAAUAGCUUGUUACUUAGUGUUUGCAACAAGAAUGACUGCAGACCAAGCAAUCCUUUUUGUCAGGGCGAAAAGGCCUAACUCCAUUCAAACCAGAGGACAACUGUUGUGCAUAAGGGAGUUUUCACAGUUCUUAAUUCCGCUAAGGAAUGUUUUUGCAUCCUGCGAGCCCAAAGCACAUGCAGUAACUCUUUCCCAGUACCUGAUCCGGCAGCGGCAUUUGCUCCAUGGUUAUGAAAGUAGGCAUCUGAAGCAUGUGCCAAAGCUUAUUCAUCUGGUUUGCAAGCUGCUCUUGGAUUUGGCUGAAAACCGGCAGGUUAUAGAGGAGGAACUAGUAGAUGUGCCAGACCUGUCCGCUGAAAUUGAGGAGACUGUUUCUCAGUUAGCUUCUACACAGCUUGAUAAAGAAUUAGCAAGGCAAGACAGUAGUACAUCAGAGCCAUUCUCCCUCUCAGGAUCAAAUCCUUUUCAUCCCAGCGAACAUGAAUGUGAUCCUCUGUGGAAAAGGAGGAACGUUGAUUACCUUCAGCCUCUGAGUCGAGCAAAACGGCGCCUAAGCUAUAGUGACUCAGAUUUGAGAAGAGUUGUAUUUGUCUCUGAGCAGGGAGAGACACCAUGGUCAGUGCCUGUGCAUGUGCCAUUGUGUAACAAAACAAACUUGCCAAGCAAAGCAGACAAUUGUCAAACUCUUAAGGUUGAGUUAAACCAAGAACUGUUAAUUCGUAGUACGUUUACUUUUAAUCUAGACAGAAAAGAAAGUAAUUCUCCAGUUUGCCAUCAAAGCCAAUAUCCCAAAGAAGUACGGCGUAGUAAAACCUUUUCUUCAGGCCUUGCAAGCGAUCGGAAAGAAGAAAAAGAGGAGGAGGAAGAUGAUGAGGAGCUAAGAGCACUAAACUAUCACUGUGGCAGAAAAACAAAUCUCUAUGGUAACAGAAUGUGGUCCUCUGAGGAUUCGGACUCUUCUAAAGCAGAGCGUGAGAUCGGUGUUAUGCCUGAUACGAUCCCCCAUAUUGUUGUGCAGUCAGAACUAAGUCUGGAGGCACGACAAAUUUUGGCAGCUAAAGCCCUGGCGGAUCUAAAUGAAUUUAUUGGAGCAGAAGAAGUGAAGCAUAAAGUGGAGAUGUGGCAGAAAGAACUGAAUUCUCAGAAUGGAGCCUGGGAUAAGAUAUGUGCUGAGAGAGAUCCUUUUAUCCUCAGUAAUUUGAUGUGGUCUUGGAUAGAACAACUUAAAGAACCUCUUCUAAACAAAAAUGAUGUUGAUGUGUUAGCAAAAAAUAACAUAGACUCUCAAGAAGCACUUAAAUUAUUAGAAAAGGGAAAAUAUCACACUAUACUGUGUAUUUUAAAUUGCGUGGUAAAUUUGCAGACCAUACCAACAGAUGUGGAGGAGCUCCUUCUUAAUCGUGCCAUUAAAGCAUUCACGAAGAUGAGUUCUGAUUCUGAAGGUGGAUCAUUUGUUUACAGCACUCUGAAGAAUGUUUUCAAACAGAUACUGGAACACCAAAGACAAUACUCCAAUGAAGGAAAAGAAACGCUCUUAUGAUGUUUACAAUUCUAAGCUAUAGUUCCCUGUAGCCAUCCAAAACUACCAUUCAUUUAACUUUCAUUUACUAGCUAUUUUGAAUCCCUUGGUUUGUGUUAACUAAAUUUCCAUUAAUGUUGGAUAUUAAAUAACUACAAGUUAUUUUAUCUACAUACGUAUGAGUUGAUAUUGAAUGACUUCCCAUUCUGUGUUCGUACCGUGGCAUCUUGUUUUGACUGCAUUGUUAUAAAUAAAUUAUUUAUUUAGAAAGUUUCUCGUUAAUAAGCUAUGGAUUGGAUUCA